AUGGAAGGUUAAAAUGAAACUAAAGCACUUUAAUUUUAUGAUCAUAUGAUUGAUGUUUUAAAGUGUUUAGAAAAUGAUGCAGCUUUUGAGGGAGAUAAAUUAAAAUUCAAAUCACAAUCAGUAUAAUUUUAUAUAUUCUAAAUAUAGAAUGAUGAAUUUGAAUCUAAAUAGAAUAAUGGGCCUAUGAUGGGAGAAUUUACUAAAGAGUAAUAUAUUUAAAUUUAGAAAAUGAAUGUAAAAGAAUUAUUUCAAAUCAUGUUAUCUGAUAUAUGA